UCAAUAACUUACUACCGCUUCAACGUGAAUCUGCUGCUGAAAGAUUAUACGUUUUUUUGUUUUGUUUAACCUUGAAAUAUCAGUUUCAAAACGAUAUUGAUGAUACUCUGACCUCUAAUAACUAAAAAACGAACGGCUUCUUUUUCUUUCCCACACUCACAUACCACAUACGUCUGGUCUUUAUUUACGACAGUUAACUCCAAACACUUAACUAAAACUAGAGGGCUCUAAAGUCGCAAAAACACAAAACUGCGUAAAGUUGAAUAUUAUGUGAGGUGGCGAUAUGCUUUUUGAACUGGAUAAAACACAAAGCUUAAUCUGGAGUGAGGAAGAGGAUCACGGUCUUUAAGCCCAUCAGGUCUUCACAGGCGUCCUUGAAUGUGGUGGGUCCUUCAAGUCUGCUUAAACCACAAUCAAGUGUAAGAAGCUACAUUUUUCAAAUUAUGUGUAGACGGAUGGCACAGGCCUGUUGUACAACCCUGCAGUCAUCAGGAUGUGGGCUUUUCAUCAGCAAAGUGUGAAGCUGACAGGGAAAAUUUGGGGCCAGUGUUGACACAGGAAGUGGUGUCUGUAUGUGUAUAAUAUAUAGCCUGCCUUUAUCAGACAACACAGCAGCUACUGACUUCUUCAGGAACAAUGCAGCUCAUCAGAGCUUUUGCAUUUCUUUGCCUGGUGAUUUCAGUCGGUGCGCAGAGGAGUUACAGACUGACCUGCUAUCUGGAUGUUUUAACACACCGCACACAUGAGGGGCCGUGCUCUCACAUCAUCCUCCCCUUGACCUCCUCUGAUGAUGACCUUUACCUCCAAAGCUUGUCAGAAGAUGACAGUGUUACUCUUAGAAAGAUGAAGGAGAGAAAUCCAACUUUGAAGAUUUUGCUUGGCUUGGAAGUCAAAUCAUCAAGGUUGGAGCUGAUGUCUACUAAUGAGGCUGGUGUUGAGUCUUUUGUUCAAAAGGUAUUGACAUACUUAAAGGACAAGAGUUUAGACGGUCUAGACGUGACUUGGCUGGAUGGCCCUAGUUCUGAUGAAUCUAGCAGAAGCACAGAGCUAUUCACAAAUUUUCUGAAGAGUCUAAAAGGCACGUUUGAAGAAGAAACCCAGCCUCUACUUCUGUCAUUGUCUGUACUAGAGCCUGUUGACCACAGUGUGGUCACUUAUAAUGAGCGAACACUUUCACAGUAUGUGGACUUCAUCUCGAUUCUGCCUGCUAAUCUCGAAAAGGACGGACCAUACAUUGACAAAACAGUCCAACACUGGCAGGACCAGCAAGUUGACCUGCAAAAGCUCAAUCUAGCCAUGCCUGCUUUUCUACGGCGGUCAUGUCGAAGGCAUCACCACAGGGAUCACCUCAAGCAUGAUGACAUGAAUUCAGAGACAGGAAGGAACGAUCGCAUCCAUGUUUUGGGCUUAUACCUAGGUGAUCAGGUGUGUCAGGCCAUUAAAAGUGGACAAGAGCGGUUCAUUACUUUAACAAGUCUCUCAAAUGAGCAAAGUCUUGUAGCAGAGGUGCUCCAGAAAGGCUUUGGUGGCAUAGGAGUUGUCUUCAUAGAUUUGGACGUCUUCUAUAACUCCACAUGUGCAAACAUUACUGAGGAAGAACGAGCGAUGGUUGAAUCAAAGGUGAUUGUGCAUUCACAUCAUGAACACAGACGUCAUGAGCAUGGUGGUCAUCAUCACAGGAGGAACCAUCACCACAGCCACCACCAGCAUCAUCACUCUCAUCUUUCUUCCGGCAGCCAUGGUCACCAUCAGCAUGGCCGUCAUCAACAUGGUCAUCGUCACCAUGGUCAUCGUCACCAUGGUCACCGUCAUCACCAUCAGCAUCACAAUCACCAUCAACAUCGUCCAAUAAUUCCUCAAAGCAACAUAACCCUGGACGAACAGCAGGGCGUGAAGUGAAUUUAAUACAUAAUUUGCAUGUGAUGCAUGUUAAUGAGAGACCUGCUUAUAGAAAUCUGGUGUUUGAAGCUUGCCAAGUUAAAAGUUUGACGUAAAAUGUAUAUUAUAAAAUGGAUUAUAUAUAUAUUCUAAGGCCAUAUAUAUUUUGGCCUUUAAUAAGAAUAAGAAUAAUAAUACAUUUUCCACACAAUAUAUAUAACAUUUUUCACACAAAAUUCUCAUUAACCUUUAUAUACGGUAUAUAGUCUAUCUAUCUAUCUAUCUAUCUAUCUAUCUAUCUAUCUAUCUAUCUAUCUAUCUAUCUAUCUGGCAUUUAAUUAAUAAUAAUUACAUUUCCACAUACAAUUCUCAUUACUUUAAUGUACUUUAAUGCAUUCAAUAUUUGAUUCCUUUUUUAUUCCUAUUUUGUCAUUGAUUCCUAUUUUUGUCAACUCGCAACAUAAUAAUUGUGGUGGUAAUGUAAAAAAUGUUGGUAAAUAAUAAUCAUUUUACAAUUGAUUACUUUUUUGCAUUACAGUAAAUUACAGUAAUGAGAAUUACAUUUUUGCAAUAUAGUGAUGACAAUGACAUUAUGGCAAUGUGAAUUAAUUUUUUGUAAUACUGCAAAAAUAAUGUUUUCUGCAUUAUAGUACUGAGAAUUAGUUUUUUGCAUUACAGUUAUUUGACUAAUUUUGUUUUGCACUAUGGUAUUGCAAUUUUUUUGUUUUGUUUUCACUUUUUUAAUAAUUGCUUAUUGUAAAACAAAAAAACAAACAGCUUAUUGUAUAUCAGAGCAGAUCAAUGCAGCAUUAUGAAAUAAAUAUGUAGCAUAAAAGUCUUA